AUUUUAUGAUUUUUUUUUCUGUUUUCUUUCUGAUACCUGACCGAAUUUGGUCUAUAAUAUCAUGGCUAGGGAUGUUCAAGCGAGACUGGCAUACCUCCAAUGGCAACCCAGCUACACCCAUACACGCCCUUAUAAAAUUGGUGUAUUUGCUGGACGAAGAAAGCGCAACAUCGAUCGCGAAAAGACGACUAAUUUAGUCUUUCAUGAGGCUGAUCAUCCCGAGAUUAUUCGAGAUAUUAGAGGACGGACUGAAACUCCUCUGUUCGAUCUUGAUACCAACGGUUUCGUCUACAAGAGAUGCCUCGCACCGACUCUUACAAAGUCUUAUGAGUACUCAGAUCCUCAGAAGGUCAACGAUAUCUUCUUGCCAGAAUGCGAAGCCAUUCUGAAGGAACACGUUAACGGGGCUGCUGAAGUUAUGAUUUUUGAUUGGAAAAUCAGAAAGAAAAAGAGCGCAAAGGAGAAAAGGACGCGAAACCCGAAUUUGCAGGGGUUUGCGCGACAGGUUCAUAUAGACACACUUCUGACUCGAGAUGAGAUUGGGACUACUUUAAUGGAGCGUAUACGCAAUCAUCUUCCGGAAGAAUCUCAACACCUUCUUUCUGGGCGAGUCCAGCUGAUCAUACUCUGGCGACCAAUAAGUGGGCCGAUCGAGGAUAACCCCAUUGCAGUAUGUGAUGGACGAACCUUGGACACAUCCAAGUUGAUUGAGUCCGAUAUGAUACGCGGGAACUAUACCGGCACUAUGCUCUAUCCACAAUAUGAGCCAAGCGAUGCACAUAAAUGGUAUUAUAUGAGUGGCCAGGAUGUGGAAGAUGUGCUUCUGUUCAAAGGGUUUGACACAAAGGAAGAUAGUGUGAAAUAUACUCCUCAUACUUCAUUCAGUCCUCUGAAUACAGUGGAAAGCCCGUGUUCUAGGGUUAGCGUUGAGGUGAGGGCAUUGGUGUUUUCGCGCUACCAGACAAGAUCCUAACAUGAGGGACAAAGGAAGAAGUGUAGGGUAGAACAUAGAACACAGAUAAGCG